AUGGAAGUGGCAGGCCGCAGGUUCAAGGUGAAUCUCAUCUGCUUGCCAAUGGAGGGUCUGAACAUGAUUUUGGGGAUUGACUGGCUGUCGGGCAACCAUAUUGUUAUCGAUUGCGCACGUCGUAGUGUGGUAUUCCCAAAGACAGUAGAACUAGAGUUGAUCUCAGCUCAGAAGGUGAUGAAGGAGGUAGAAGCUGGAGCUACUUGUUUCAUGAUUGUCGCUCAAAAAGAGAAAAAGAGUACAACUGAGCAAAUUAGAAGCAUACUAGUGGUGGAUGAGUAUGCAGAUGUUUUUCCAGACGAAAUACUAAAACUACCGCUCAACAAGGAUGUGGAUUUCACUAUUGAUCUCAUCCUUGGAGCUGGUCUAGUGUCCAUGGUACCGUAUUGGAUGGCGCUAGCAGAAUUGGCUAAAUUGAAGAAGCAAAUAAAAGACCUGCUUGAGAAGAAUUUCAUCUGA